AUGACGAAAAAUUAUUUCUGGAGCGAUGAAGAAAAUUGCCUUAUCUACAUAAAUGCAUACUUAAAUAAAGCUACAUAUUGUACAAAAGAAGGUUGGACUGGAUUUGAGCUCUACAUAUACGACGACGAUGGAAACAGACGUUGUGUAUACCCAUACGAUAAUAUGUACCAUUGUUUUCAUCAAGCAUUAAACGAAUACAUAGUCAGUAAGGGUCUCAUUCCUGUUGAGUAG